GAUUUUUAUUUUUUUUCUAAUUGCCGCCGGGAAAAAAAUCGCUGCUUCCGUUGCCGGAGUUGAAAGCCGUUGUCUUUGAGGGUGAUGCGCCACGAUAUCGAAUUGGAGAAAGCUCGAUUGCUUAGCCUAGCUACCAAAGUCGGAUUCGAUGAAGAUUCUGCGAAGAAAUGCUUGGACCGAUUCGUCGCUCUCUACGGUGAUGAUGGUCGGAAUUUCGUCACUGUUGAGUUGUGCGGGGAUGAUUUUCUCGCGGCGUUAGCUGAUUUCGAGAAAGGAACCGAGGAAUGGGAUGACGUACAGGCUCUAGAGUCUGAAGCUCAAGGAACGUUGGCUGAAAUGUUUUAUAAAGCUAACCCUAGUGAUACCGGACUUGAGACUGACGAAGACGACGAUGAUGAUGAUGAUGAUGAUUCAAGAGUCGAUGUUCAUGUCAUUGACGAUUCUCCUGAGCCAAAGAAAACCCCGCGAGUUAUGGAUCUGGAUUCUUUUAUUGAUUUAGAAGAUGAUGGUACAGAGUUCAGGGUUCCAAAGAGAUCACAUACAGGUUCCAGAAAUCAGUCUUUGAGAUCUAUGGCUCAGUUUACUCACACUAAAUUUGCCUUCGAGAUAAGGAUGUUGUUUAAGAAUAUGGUCCUCAUAAACAAUUUUAUGAUGUGGAUAAACAAAACAUAUGGUGGGAACUGGGAGGAAUAUUCCAUGGAAGAUUCAGUUUCAACAAUUUCAGGCAGAAAACCUUGUGCACAGACUUCAGCCAAAGGCCAUGAAACUCCAAGUUACGAAGAGUUGGAGGCAUUGGAUGAUCUGGAAUUCGCAAACUUGGUGAUUUUUGGGAACAAGGCGUUUAGGCCCCUGCAGCAUCAAGCAUGUAGAGCAUCUAUGGAAAAGAAGGAUUGCUUUGUUCUAAUGCCGACGGGAGGGGGGAAAAGUUUGUGUUACCAGCUUCCUGCAACACUAAAAGCUGGAGUUACCAUAGUCAUAUCUCCUCUGCUGUCCCUCAUCCAGGAUCAGAUAGUUGCACUGAACCUUAAGUUCGGGGUACCAGCGACUUUUCUCAACUCUCAGCAAACAUCUUCCCAAGCAGCAAUUGUACUACAAGAGCUCAGAGGAGGUAAUCCGUCAUGUAAACUCUUAUAUGUGACACCUGAGAAAAUCGCUGGAAGUUCAUCCUUUUUGGAGACACUAAGAUGCUUAGACCGCAAGGGCCUGCUGGCUGGUUUUGUGGUUGAUGAGGCUCACUGCGUCAGCCAAUGGGGACAUGACUUCCGGCCAGACUACAGGGAACUGGGAUGUCUUAAGCAGAACUUUCCCCGGGUUCCUGUGAUGGCUCUUACAGCUACGGCAACUGAAUCAGUCUGUCAGGACGUACUAAAAAGUCUGAGAAUCCCCAGUGCUCCGGUUCUUAAGAUGAGCUUUGACAGAACCAAUUUGAAGUACGAGGUGAUCAACAAGACCAAGGAGCCACUGAAACAGCUCCAAGAGCUUCUGAGAGACCGGUUCAAGGAUCAGUCUGGGAUCGUUUACUGUCUCUCCAAAAGUGAAUGCGUUGAUGUUGCGAAGUUUCUGAACGAGAAAUGCAAGGUGAAAACUGUUUAUUACCACGCCGGUGUGCCCGCGAAACAGAGAGUUGAUGUUCAGAGGAAAUGGCAAACAGGGGAGGUCCGGAUUGUUUGUGCAACCAUCGCAUUUGGGAUGGGAAUAGACAAAGCAGACGUACGUUUCGUUAUACACAACACAUUGUCGAAAGCGAUAGAAAGCUACUACCAAGAGUCAGGGAGAGGAGGAAGGGACGGGCUUCAAGCGCAGUGCAUUUGCUUGUACCAGAAGAAAGAUUUUAGCAGAGUCGUCUGCAUGCUGCGUAACGGACAAGGCAGAAACAUGGAUAGGUUCAAGUCAGCCAUGGCUCAGGCCAAGAAGAUGCAGCAAUACUGUGAGCUCAAGACAGAAUGCAGAAGACAGAUGUUACUAGAGCACUUUGGAGAGUCGUUCGACCCAAGGAUUUGUAAAAGCAGUUUAAAUCCCUGUGAUAACUGUGAAAAGAGCUAAAGUAAUCUUAAUCAAAUCUUUUAUGACUUUAACAUGUUGUGGAUGUAUAGUUUUGUUCACGUGAUUGUGCAAAAUUUGCCUAAAAUUCGAAAAUCCAUUAAAAAAUGCCUAAAAUUUA